GGAGCGGGGCCGCUGCCGUCCUGCGCCUGUGCCCGGUGCGGAGCGGGGCCGGUCCCGGAGCCGAGCGGGGCCGUUCUCAGUGAGAAGCGGGGCUGGUCCCGGUGCGGAGCGGUGCCUGUCCCGGUGAGGAGCGGGGCCGGUCCUGUGCUUGUUCCCGGUGCGGAGCGGGGCCAAUCCCGGAGCGGAGCAGAGCCAGUCCCGGUGCGGAGCAGAGCCAGUGUCGGUGCGGAGUGGAGCCAGUCCCGGUGCGGAGCGGAGCCAGUCCCUGGUCGGAGCGGAGCCUGUCCCGGUGGCGGAGCGGUGCCAGUCCCUCUGUGAAGCGGUGCCAGCCCCGGUGCGGAGCGGAGCCGGUCCCGGUGGCGGAGCGGUGCCAGUCCCUCUGUGAAGCGGUGCCAGUCCCGGUGCGGAGCGGAGCCGGUCCCGGUGGCGGAGCGGUGCCAGUCCCUCUGUGAAGCGGUGCCAGUCCCGGUGCGGAGCGGUGCCAGUCCCGGAGGCGGCGGCGCUGGCGGUGCCGGCGGGCGAUGGGCGGCGGGCGCUGGGCGCUGCUGUGGGCGCUGCUGGCGGCCCUGCGCCCGCCCCGCGGGUGCUGCUCCGAGGAUGCUGAGGGAGAAGUGAGGCACCUGUGGGCACGCUCCCGGCGGAGCAGCCCCGUGGCACAGCUCAGGUUCAACCCCACGGUGCGGCAGGUGCUCAUCAACGAGCACAAGGACGUCACCUUCAACUGCUCCAUCAAAGUGCCCCAGGAGCUGCUGCGGCCCGAGGCGCCGGGAAUUUCCCUCUGGAAGGACGGCAGGGAGCUGCACGUGCUGGAUCGCAUCGCCAGCAGCCACUUUGAGAUCCCCGACGAGGAGGAGGUGGCCAUGACCUCCACCUUCAGCAUCAUCGGCGCGCAGCGCUCGGAUAACGGCUCCUACGUCUGCAAGCUCAACGUCUCCGGCGUGGAGGUGGUGUCCGACCCCAUCCUGGUGCAGCUGGAAGGUCUCCCGCACUUCAUCCGGCAGCCCGAGCAGCUGAACGUCACCAGGGGCAGCCCCUUCAACCUGACGUGCCAGGCUGUGGGGCCUCCCGAGCCCGUGGAGAUCUACUGGUUCCAGAACAACCUCCGGCUCAACCAGAAACCCCACAUCUCCCCGUCAGUCCUCACCGUGCCAGGACUCAACGAGCCGGCGCUGUUCAGCUGCGAGGCCCACAACAGCAAAGGCCUGACUGCAUCCAGCCCGGGCCAGGUCAACAUCAAAGGAAUCCCAUCAGCUCCUGUCAGUGUGCAGGUCCUCAACAGGACAGCCCGUGGAAUCAGGAUAUCCUGGGUGCCGGGCUUCGAUGCCUUCUCUGCCUUCAACAGCUGCAGUGUCCAGGUCAAGGAAGUCGUUCCAGGAGGCAACAUCUCCCUGCAGCCCUUGCACACCUCGGUGCCUCCCCACGUGUAUCACAUCCAGCAGCUGGAGCCCUUGCAGGAGUACAACAUCCGUGUUUCCUGCAGGAAUGAGGUUGGCUGGUCGGCAUUCAGCCCCUGGAUCACGGCCAGCACCACGGAGGGAGCUCCCAGCACGCCGCCGCUGAACGUCACGGUGUCCUUCAACGAGUCCAGCUCCUCGCUGGAGAUCCGCUGGCUGGGGCCAUCCCUGGAGAGGAUCCACGGGCAGCUCCAGGGCUACCACGUCUGGUACAGCUGGCACAACUCUGAGGGCACGCAGAUCGUCUCCGCCGAGGCGCGGCUGAACGGCAGCGUGGCCGUGCUGCCCGUGGUGGCCACCAACGCCACCUGCUCCGUCCGUGUGGCCGCUGUCACCAGGGGGGGAGUGGGACCUGCCAGCAUUCCCGUGGAGAUCUUCAUCCCUGCCAGCGGAUUAAUAACCUCAGCCCCCUCUUCGACUCCAGCCUCGGGGAAUGGCGACUCCUUUGUCGUAGCCCUGGGAUUUAUCUGCGGGACGAUUGCGGUCGGAGUCAUCCUCUGCUUGUCCGUGGUCAUCCAGAAACGAUGUGUGGAGACAAAAUACGGGAAUGCUUUCAGCAGGAACAACUCGGAGCUGGCAGUGAACUACACAGCAAAGAAGUCCUACUGCCGCAGAGCCGUGGAACUGACCCUGGGAAGCCUGGGUGUCAGCAGAGAGCUCCAGCAGAAGCUGCAGGAUGUUGUCGUGGACAGAAACGCCCUGAGCCUGGGAAAGGUCCUGGGGGAGGGGGAGUUUGGAUCCGUGAUGGAGGGACGGCUCAGCCAGCCUGAAGGGCCCCCACAGAAGGUGGCUGUGAAGACCAUGAAGUUGGAUAACUUUUCCCAAAGGGAGAUUGAAGAGUUCCUCAGCGAAGCAGCGUGCAUGAAGGACUUUGACCAUCCCAAUGUCAUCAAGCUCCUCGGGGUGUGCAUCGAGCUGAGCUCCCUGCAGGUGCCCAAGCCCAUGGUGAUCCUGCCCUUCAUGAAAUACGGAGACCUGCACAGCUUCCUGCUGCGCUCCCGGCUGGAAAUGGCCCCCCAGUUUGUGCCCCUGCAGACCCUGGUGAAGUUCAUGGUGGACAUCGCCCUGGGCAUGGAAUACCUGAGCAGUCGGAACUUCCUCCACAGGGACUUGGCAGCUCGGAACUGCAUGCUGCGGGAUGACAUGACGGUGUGCGUGGCAGACUUUGGGCUCUCCAAGAAGAUCUACAGCGGGGAUUACUACCGGCAGGGCCGCAUCGCCAAGAUGCCGGUCAAGUGGAUCGCCCUCGAGUCCCUGGCUGACCGUGUCUACACCACCAAGAGUGAUGUGUGGGCAUUCGGCGUCACCAUGUGGGAGAUCGCCACGCGCGGCAUGACGCCGUACCCAGGGGUGCAGAACCACGAGAUCUACGAGUACCUCUUCCAUGGGCAGCGCCUGAAGAAGCCUGAGGACUGCCUGGACGAGCUGUACGAAAUAAUGUCCGAGUGCUGGAGAGCCGACCCUGCCACCCGGCCCACCUUCUCCCAGCUCAAAGCCCAGCUGGAGAAGCUGCUGGAAAACCUUCCCAGCGCCAAGGCAGGCGGGGAGAUCAUCUACAUCAACACCAGCCUCGCCGAGCAGAGCCCGGACUCCACGCAGGACUCGGGCUUCCCGCAGGCGGACUCGGAUUUGGAGGCGUCGGAGCCCGGCUCCCCCGGCGCGGAGGCGGCGCUGGUGGCCGUGGAGGUGCAUCCCGGCCAGCCCUGGGACUCCAGGUACGUGGAGGAGGAGCAGCUCGGCGGCCCCGUGGAGGAGCCCUACGUGCCGCUGCUUCCCUGCCAGGGCUCGGAGCCGGGGAGCCGCUGGAGCCAGGCCGGCACUCUGCCGGCGGCGGAGCGCGCGGAGGACUCGGAAGUGCCGCCGGGAACGGCGUGAGGGGCACCACGGCCAGGACUCUGAGGGAAUGGUUGAAUAAACACUCGUCUCUUCUGUU